CAAGUAAACUUCGUGUUUCAGAAAAUUUCCAGCUUUUUCCGUGAUUUUUACCCAAAAUACAAGAAAUAGUACCAAAUCGAGGUGACAAUGGCAAUGCAGAAUAUUGUAAACUCUGUAAAGGGAACUGCACUUGGAGUUGCGGAGUAUUUUACACCCAUUUUGAAGGAAUCCAAAUUCAAAGAAACUGGUGUUCUGACACCUGAAGAAUUUGUUGUGGCUGGUGAUCACCUUGUUCACCAUUGUCCAACCUGGCAAUGGGGUGUUGUGUCAGAGGAGGCCAAAAUCAAACCAUAUCUACCAAAGGAAAAGCAGUUCCUUCUGACUAGAAAUGUUCCAUGUUACAAGAGGGUGAAGCAGUUGGAUGGACAUCAAGAGGAGUUUGAGAAGGUGGUUGAUGAGGAUGAUGAAGACGGAGGAUGGGUGGAUACGCAUCAUUUUGCAGAAGGUGGGGUUGGGGGAGCUGCUGAGGGUAUUGCCGAGAUGACGCUGGACUCAAAAACAAAACCUGCUGAAAAAGAUGAGGAGGAGGAGGCGGAGGAAGAUGAGGAGGGGGAAGCUGAAGAUAUGGAAGCCUAUGAAGAGAGCGGCAUGUUAGAGGCAGAGGAUGAUGCCACGUUGGAUAUAAGUAAAUUCUCGAAGGAUGCUGGAAAAGGUGCUAUGGAGGAAAGCGGUAUUUUACAAACACGAACAUAUGACCUCAAUAUCACAUAUGAUAAAUAUUACAAGACACCAAGGCUAUGGUUAUUAGGUUAUGAUGAGAACCGCAAAAUUCUCACUGUGGACCAAAUGUACGAAGAUUUCAGUCAGGACCACGUCAAGAAGACUGUUACCAUGGAGGCACAUCCGUACCUACUGGCUGGCUCACCAAUGGCGUCUAUACAUCCGUGCAGACAUGCUGACGUCAUGAAGAAGAUAAUACAGACGGUUGCCGAUGGUGGUGGCGAGCUAGGUGUUCAUAUGUACUUGUUGAUUUUCCUGAAGUUCGUUCAGGCUGUGAUCCCGACGAUAGAAUACGACUACACGCGACACUUCACCAUGUGAUCAUCGGAAAAGAAAAUCCGCCUAGUCAUGUGACAGCCAAUCUGUGACAUCGUCAUGUGAUAUCAGUUCAUCAGAUGAUAUAUUUGCCAUAUUUUUAUACUCGGUUUCUUUGGUUUACUUUCAUUUUAUAUGCAGCAGACAAUGUCAACCAUGUACCCCAAGGUUUCAUUACUAUUUUAGUGUCAAGUAAUUUGUUGAAUUCUGGUGAACUGUGUCUUUCUACUUGUCAAAUCCCUGUUGAUGAGAAAGAUAACUUAGUGUUGCGUACCUGUUGACCCUUUCAUCAUUCAGAAUGGUAAAGUUACUUGCUGUAAAAAGUGAACAAUUUCAGUGAAAAAUUUGAGAACAGUGUUGUGAACCCCAGACAAUGUCAUAUCAAGUGCUGUUUGUUUAAGUGUCGAGUCACGAUCCUAGAACAAAAGCAAAGUGUCAGUUUAUUCGGUGGAGGGAGGGGGUGCAGGGUUUAUAUUGACCGCUGCAUUACCAGAUCUUGCAGUUUGAGUGACAGUAUUCUAGGUUCCCUUAGUCAAGAUGAUGUUAAUUUCCAUGGAUGGAAAGCAGCUAUGAAUAAUAACAUAUACGUGUAUUUUGUUCACUUUUUUGCUUUCUUAAGAAGGUAUAUUCCAGUUUACGUACAGUGGAACCUCCCUUAGCGGACACCUCUCUAUCAAGGACAGUCUCUCUAUUAAGGACACUAGUUUUGGUCCCAAAUUGAUUGUUUCCAUUCAGUUUGACCUCUCUAAUCAGGACACCUCUCUAUUAAGGACAGCACUUGUGAGUCCAGAGGGUGUCCUUAAUAGAGAGGUUCUACUUUAGUUCAAACACACUAGACACGUAACUAGAAAUUAUAUUUUCUAUGCAAGUGUUAAAUCUUGUGUCGUUACAAAGCAGAAAUCAAAUUAACGAAGAAAUCAGAUGAAUUAUGCUGAAUAUCCCACUGUGGUAAUCACUGUGACCAAUGGUACAGCUAAUAGGAAAUGAUCAUAUUUUUAACCAAGGAGAUCUUGACCUCUGUCUGUUUUGAUGGAAAGAACAAAAUGACGAUUAGUCCUUCUUGGGUCUGAUUGCUGACCACUUCACACGGAUUGCAAGAUGUGGCUAGAACGCCGUCACAGACAGACGGUGUUGUCCCUCGUUGAUGUUGUACAUGUACGUGUUCCCGUGCACGUGGUUGUAGAUAGCCUCCUUUAUCAAAGGUUCCCUGCCCAACCACACUCAGUUAGCGUUGGGUGAGAAUGUAUGGUAGUUUGGGGUUGACCAUACGUACCACCAUUUUGGCUAGAAUUAGAAAUUCUAAAGCAAUUAAAACUCCCUCCAAACAAGGUGAAUGUAAAUUUUCAAUGGCGGGUGUCUGUUCUUUGAUUCCCAGAGAACAGACUCCCGCCAUUGAAAUCGGCGUUUACUUCAUUUUGAAGGUGUUCUGAUUGCUUUAGGUUUUCAAGUUAUAGCCAAAAUGGCAGUACCAUGGUCAACCCUUAAGGCAUUUCGGAAAGCAGAAUUUGGGGUUAGUUGCGAUGGUAUGAGUUAGAAGCUAUUCAAAUCCGCUACAGGGCACUGUGACUUGUAGAACUUUUCAGGGUUUAUGAUGUAUCUUUUGAUACCAGAAAAAAAACCAAGGUGAAACGAUCAGUGCGAAACCAGUCGUGUCUCACAAGGUUCAAUGACGUAAUUUGUUGGCUCUGUUGGCUUGUUCGCGUGUCAUCAGGUGACGUCUUUUACCUCAUCAGCAGUUGGCAUCGUUAUCAUAUUCGAACGGGCCUUGAAAAUGUACACGCCUAGCUGUGCUAUCUGCAAUGAUUUUUAUCAAAAAUCUGCUACCCCAUUGUCCACUAAAUAAAUCUGAAUUCAUUUGCUCAUUUGCAAUCAGAAGGCUCUAUUUUGUGUUUCAGCCAGUUUAUGGACGUCUGUACAAUAUGCCUACUGUAAACCCCUUUGUUAGCAUGUCUCUGAAUUGCAGUGAAAAUUUCCUUUUCAAAUUUCGCUACCAUUUUAAACUUCUGCAAAUGGAUGUUCUUGACAUAAGAUUCGUGUUUUCGUGCCAUUAAUUUCAAUGUUUGUGUUAUUUUUGACCCCCCCUUCUGCAGAUAUAAAAGGGUUUACAGUAUUUUAUGCCAACAUAUUUGAGCAAAAAAUUUAACAAUCAAUGUCAUCUUGUAUCAUAUUUUUAGUAUAAAUCCAUUCAGAGGCUAAUGUAGGAAAGACAUUUUCUUUGAUUUUUUCAUUUUUCUCAUACAUGUACGAAAAUAUAUGAACUACUGUAAACCCCUUUAUGAGCCUAAUAUUUUUGCGUUUUUUGCAAAGUUUAGAGGCAAGAAAAUGUUUAACUCGGUGGUUUUAUCCCUGGAAAAUGCAAUCUGGAAGAAAAAUAAAACUGCGCAUAAUCCCGAAAUGAAGUUUUGGCAAACAUAUAGGACUGCAAUGAUAAAGGGGUUUACAAUAAUCUGUGAAUUCAUAGUCGCUAACAGUUUGGGACGCAAUGACUUAUCUUUCACCUUGAAUGCUGCAUCUUAAUUGUGAUGUUCAAGGGAAUUUGCAUCGCUCUUUGGCUGCAACUGAAGUAUGAAUUUUCCUUUUGGUUGUCUGUCAAAUACAGACUAUUGUCAAUCAAAUAUUUCUUUUAAUUUUGUAUCAAAUCCAUUGUUUAUAUAUUUAUUAAUUUGCCUCGAUGAUAUUCAUAUUAUUUUUGAAUCAAUUAAAAUCAACUAAGUAUAUAUCGAUCAGUCCAUGUUGCUGAAUAACGAGUGCUUCAGUGUAGAUUAGAAUAUCCAGUACAUGUACUUAUUAUCAUAACAGGUUGUUAGCUCACCUCUUAGCAGAGGUGACCUUAUCCCAUACCGUGGCGUCCGUUGUCCGUCGUCGUCGUUGUCGUCGUCGUCGUCAUCGUCGUCGUCCGUCGUCCGUUAGCAGGGCAGGUUUCGUAACUGUUAGAGCUAUUGAGUUGAAACUUGGUACACAUGUACCCUUAUGUAAUGACACCUUGAAGACCAAGUUUCGGUCCGAUUCGUUUCAUGGUUUGGCCACCAGGGGGCCAAACGUUAAAAGUGAAAAUAUGCAAUAUCUCCCUUAAUAGUAGUCGGGAAAUUUUGAAAAAAAUAUGGUAGGUACUUCUAGCAAAGGUGCAUCAUAUGUCCUCUGGGUUUUUGAUUUGACCUCCUUUUCAAGGUCACAGAGGUCAAAUGGUGUAAAUUGGCCGUUAGGAUGUAACGAUGGCACGUUUCUAAACUGCAAUGACUAUUGAUACCAAAUUUGGUACACAUUUACCCCUUAGUCAGGUGAUCUCAGGGACCAAAGUUUGGUCCAAUAUGAUUCACCACUUGACCACCGGGGGGCAAAAUCCAAAAACCUUAAAAAUGUGAUUACUCCUUAACUUCUUGCCCGAUUGCCACCAAUUUGAUAUCAUGGGUACAUCUAACCACCAUACAGUAUAUGUCACACAGGUUUUUAAUUUGACCUUCUUGUCAAGGUCACAGAGGUCAAAUGGCAUAAAUUCGCCGUCAGGCCGUAACUAUGGCACGUUUCUUAACUGCAAUGACUAUUGAUCACAAAUUAAGUACACAUGUACCCCUUGGUCAGGUGAUCUCAGGUACCGAAGUUUGGUGCGAUCUGAUUUGCCGUUUGGCCUCCAGGGAGGGGGCCAAAUCCUAAAUUCUUCAAAAUGCCAUUAUUCCUAGUAAUGACUUGCCCGAUUGGCACCAAUUUUAUAUCAUAGGUACAUCUAAUUCUAACAACCAUUCAAUGUGUCACCCGGGUCUUCUUUGAUUUGACCUACUUUUCAAGGUCACAGAGGUCGAAUGUACUGUAAAUUGGCCAUUUUGGGGAAUUGUAAUUGCUUGGACCUACAUCAAACCUUACACUACAUGACACAAUACCAUGCUCUUUAUCCAUCUUUCCUCCACAUGAGGUGAGCACAAUGGCCCUGGCCAUUUCAUUUUCAAAAUUCUUUUGCCCCAGAUUUGUGACCUCUACCAGCAAAAGACUACCGACUAAUGCUGGUGAUCCACUGACACUGUCUCGUUCCUGUAUAGUUAGCUCCCAUCAUGUACCUGUCAAGCUCCCACUAUGCUCCAUAAAUUUCAAAGGCCUGUGCCAUUCUUGUUCAUUGUAUUUUGAUGUGGCCAAGGAAAAAGUAGUGCAGUUAUUAACAGCAGUUAUUAACAGCAGAACAUCAGAAUAUAUAGGUUUGCUUUGUUUCUUUGUGCGUGCGUCUGACUGAGGCAGUUACUCAUAAUUGGUUUCAUAUUGCUGUGGGAUUGGGGUGUGGGAUUGGGGUGUGGAGGCUAGGUAGGUGCCUAGCAGUGUUUGUCCCUAUUUGAUAGCCAGUAUGGCCGACUGGCGGCCAUCUUGGAUUUUGCAUUCCAGACAGUAACUGCAGAAUGAGUAAUCAGAUGGGCUAGAAUGCUCUGUGGCAGAUGGUGUGGUGUGGGGAGAGGUGCUCUAUUGAUUUUGUGCUCAAUCGGGUGGCCAUCUUCGAUUUCGCAUUCCGAACUGUUGACUGCAGAACAAGUGGCCCUAUCGGCUUGAAUUUUGUGUGGCAUGGUGGGAUGGAGUGGGAGAUUCCGCUCUGUAUGAAAUUUUGAAAACUCAGUUUGGGAUGAUUGCACAUAUUAUUUACAAGGUGUUGCUAGCAUUUUGUGACCUUGUUGCAAAGUCAGCAGUGCUCCUUCAGCGCUGAAAGUUGUAUAGGCCAACCUUUUAGGAAGUACAUGCAGAGAAUGAUAUUGAGGAAGUCAUUCUGUUGGGGCUGAGCAUAAGACAAGCUACAUAUUGAAACUGCUGUCAUUUUCUGCUGUAUCCAACCGCAAUGGCUCUUUUCAUUGGAAAUAAUCUGUGUGUAGAAGGCAGAUGUUCUUGUUCAAUGGAACUACAUGUACUCAAAGGUUUGGCUCCAUUUUCCCCCCUUUAAAGACCUAUGCAUUUUGUUUACAUUCAUUGUGCCACAAGUUGAUAGAAAUAAACAUUGCCACUAUGCACUGACCAGACAUGUCAACAUGGGGAAAAUAGACCAAUGGAGUAUAUCUACAGGUUAUUCUUGCCUAUAACGUCUUUGGGUGACAUCGCAAUGAGGCCCGAUUGGUAUACAAUGAUUAUGUGUAGGCCUGACUAUGUCGUGUCACAUGGUUAUGAAACCCAAUGAUAUUGGUCAAAUGUUCUUACGCCAGAAUACCACACGGUCUGUGGGCGGGGAAAAUCAUUCAUUUAGUUACAAAUAUUUUGAAGAUCAUUAUUCGGGGGCAGUGCACAAACGUCUCUUGGCAUCAACCAUGAGAUUUGACCUGCUUGCGAAAUUUUUUUUUCCAAACACGAUAUCCAUUAGACUUGUUUAAAGCUCUCUGAUUGGCUGAUAUCAUAGUGCGUAAUCACUCCUUAUAUGGAACAACUAGUGUGGCCUAAUAGUUGGCGCGUCGGACUGCUAAUCUGAUAAAUGUCGGUGUGAGUUCGAAUCCAGCCAGUGUCAUAUGGGUGUAGGCCUAGGAUAUACCCCCUCCCAUCAUCAUCAUGUCUGUCUGUGCUGUUUGUUUAGCCGAAGUCUCUAAGUCUAAAUCUAACGUUAGGCCAUAUUAUUGCAAUGGGUAGGCCUAGCUAGAAGCAUACGGUAGCUGCCUGUGAUGAUGCUGGGCCUACAGGCUUUAAAAUUGGCUCCAGCGUUUACAAAUUGCAAAACAUACACCUUGUUGGCCAACGUUACACACACCAAGCACAAACUAACUUCACAGCUUGGACAUGGAUGUACACACAUGUCAUAUGCCCUAUCCCUCUAUUGUCUAUGCAUCACAUUCAUUCAUAGCCUAUACAAGUUGUUCCAUAUAAGGAGUGAUGACGCACUAUGAUAUCAGCCAAUCAGAGAGCUUUAAAUAAGUCUAAUGGAUAUCGUGUUUGGAAAAAAAAAUUUGCGGCCUGCCUACUUAUUGUAGGCUGAGGGCGGAGUUUACUACAAAGAUUUCUUUAGUAUUCACAACCAUUCCUGGUGAUACCCCUUUGUGGGCCUAAUCAAAUUAAGGGUACAUCUUCAGUUGUACAAGAAGGUAUAUAGAAGACGUUAUAGGCAAGGGUAACCUGUAUAAUAUCGGUGCACAGAACAGCCAUGUUCCAAUUUAUAUUCAAUGUGUUUACAUAAUUGAGAAAUUUCAAAUUCAGUUUCAAAUUUGAGUGAACGUUGUAGGCCUUUUAGGCCCGCGUGUCUUGAGUGAUUGAUUAUCAUAUCUAGUAUCCACUGUAACCCAAAAAAUAACAUUAAGGUUUAAUUUGUGGUCUCGGCAUAAUUUGUGCUAUCCUUUCUUCAGCAUAAUAGUUACAACCAUGGAUGAAGAAAGUGUAGAUUAUCGUUGAUCAGUUAUCGAUGUUGAUGUAUCUGCAAUUGAAAAUGCAAUAGCUGUAUAUACUUCUAUUAUGAAAAUAAA